AUGGCUGCGAAUAUUCUGAAACCCAAGCCCUCGAAAAUGUAAGUAGGAGAGAUCAUGGAUAAAUAGUCUGAAUAUUGUAAUACAUAGCACAAUGUUACUGAAAUGAAUGUGGCUCCCAUUCACUAUGAUCCUUAUUGCCAUCCUGGCCAGACACAGCUGGAGGGAACACGGCCAUAGGUAGUAAACAGUUAUCUAGGUCAGUAUUUCUCAACCUUUCUAACCAAGUAAUACUAGUGAUAGGUCAUUUCCAGCCAGGUUCUCCAAAUGUAACCCUGUUUGCGAACUUUUACCCCAAUGUCAACAUUUACUGGUCAAUGUAUCUCAGCCAGAGAUGUGAUAGGUGCCAGAAUGGACAGAUACAUGGUCAGAUAAAAGAAGACACGCUGUGUUAUAACGAUCAUAUAUAACAGGGGGCCAAGUUAUUCCAGGGAAUUAUACAAUUUCCUUUUUCUUUGUGUAUUUUAUCUGGUUUUUAAACUCUGUUCAGAAGAUAGAAAUUCUGAAUCCUAACGCCAUCUGUUCACUUUCAGGGCUAGUCUGACCUGGUCAGAGACCGUGGGUUGGAGUGUGACUUCUCGGUUAAAACCACGAGAAAUUAAGAGACAGGAGGCGAUACACGGUAAGUGUUACAAUGAUUAUACACCUAGAAUAAAGUGUGAAUGGUCGGGUGUGUGUACCUGGGACAUUUUCUUAUCCUACAUAUUUCCAGAUAUUUUCUUUAUAAACAAACCCAGGAGAUUGCUUGAGGGCACCAGAGGGACGUACGGUGCCUGAUGUUACUAAACUCUGCAAAGAGACACUUUAUGCCAUCUAUGUGGAAGGGAUGGCACAGGGGAUAAUCAAUGGCAAAGCUCCAGUCUGUCCUUGUUCUAAUCACUUUAUUGCAAACACCAUGUAUUUUUAUACGUCCUGCUUAUUACCAUAUAAAGGGACAGUGUAUUAUAUCUUAUUACAUGGUAGUGUUUGUGCCUGGAAGCAAAUUAUAUUAUGUAAACACACAAAAUUAAGUCCUGUACUCAAACUCCCACUACUCCUGGUCUGCAGCAAUAAUUAAAAUACACAUCAACACCCGAUACAUAGAAUAAAGAAAAAAAAAUAAAAAAAUUAAACAUUACUUGUGCACUAUCCCAAAUCCCUAUGCACAUUUAAAUAACUGGAGGUUUUUAGUAGCCAAUGGUCUUUCAAGUGUAAGCUCACCUGCCAAGUCAAUGCAAAUCUCUUAGGUGGGUCUUACACUAAGAAUUCACCUUGCUCCAUUCGGCUAAAAGAUAAAAUCUCUAAUGAGAUGGAAAGGGUUACAUUAUGUGACAAUGAGUUACAAUGUCAGUCAAUGUGUUAUCAUAUUAAAUGGUGAGAAAGUGGGAUAUACCCCAUUACACUGCAUGCCUGGGGGUUUUACAGCCUUAUAAGAGCAUCAAGGUAACUAACUGCGCAGAUUGUGCCCCAAAACACACAUUCCCUAAACUAUUGAUCUAUUGAUCUUUUUGUAACAAGUUGCUUUGGUGAACACAGAUAACUGUAUGACUCACAGUGAUUGGAGUGGUCUGGGCGCCAACUCCCACCACCCUUAACCCUGCAAGUGUAAUUAUUGCAGUUUUUUAUAAACUGCAAUAAUUACCUUGCAGGGGUAACUCCACCUCUAGUGGCUGUCUAGUAGACAGCCACGAGAGGGCACUUCCUGCUCUAUAGCACAGAAAACCUGUGCUAGAGCGCUGCUGGACGUCCUCACGCUGUGUGAGGUCCUCCAGAGUCGCUCAAUUCCCCAUAGGAAAGCAUUGAAAAGCAUUUUCAAUGCUUUCCUAUGGAGAGCUCUAAUGCGCAUGCGCAGCAUUGCCGCGCAUGGGCAUUAGGCCUCCCCAGCUAGCGGGCGGGAUCAGUCUCGUCCAAUGGCCGACGUAAUGAAGAGGAGGAGCUGCAGCGGAGGAAGAAGCAGUGACGUGGGACAUGUCGCUGCCUCUGGUAAGUCACUGAAGGGGUUUUCACCACUUCAGCAACCAGGGAUUGGGAGGUGGGUGGGAGAGGGGACCUGCAGUACCAGGAAAACGGAUUGUUUUCCUGGCACUGGACAGUCCCUUUUAUAGGAAUCACUAGAACUUCCGCAGCCUUCAUGUCGCAUGGAGGUUUGUAAUUCAAGUCUGGAGUUCUUAAUAUGUUUUCUUUCAAUGGUUUUAUAACUUGUCUUCCCAUAAUAAAGUAAUUCCAGGCAGCACUGAUCAUGUUAAAUACAUUCUCCUAUUUCUGCUCUAGAACUCUUUGUGACUGAAGAGUCCCACCUUCGUGCUCUCCAUGUUCUGGACUCUGUAUUCUACCAGAAGUUAAUCAGCGAGGCAUUGCUGUCUCCGGAUGAAGUGAAGCUUGUCUUCCCUAACCUGCCACAGCUCAUUAAUAUCCACAGUAAGAUAUGGAACAUUUCUAAUGUAUGCAGUAAAACUAAAUAAAUGCCCCAAGUGAAGGUGAAUGUUGUGAGUGGACUGAUAGAAGGUUAGGAACCCAUUUAUAGGGACUCUGUGUACUAAAUAUGACACCACUUAUAUCUGAAAUAUAUUUCUUACUUUUUCAUCAUUAUCUUGCAAUUACAUAAAUUGUUAUGGGAAAUCGUAAACAUACAUUUCUUUCUCUGUCUUUCUGCUGACUAGCAGCUCCUCAGCUGCCAGUCUGUCAUUUAUUAUGAAGCCAUGAGAAAAACUCAGUGAGCCCAAAAUUGAUCAAAUGAGGUGUUCAAAUUGGUGGCCUCCGUCUCCCUUUAAAGAACUAAUACAUUCAUUAUUGAUACAUUCGUUAUAGUGUCCUUUUAAUAAACCAAGAAUUAAAAAUGAAAUUCACAAAGUGCUGGGAUCCAUACUUACCACAAAGGUAUCCUGACUGUCCACAGUACUUGAUACCAUAGAUUAAAUAAAACAAUGCCAGGCCAUUCGGGGAAAUAAGAGGAAUUCCUCAACUGGAGAAUGGCUAGACUGUCACAACUAGGCCUUUUGCUGUCCCUCAUUUUCUGUUUGUAGUCUAUAAAACCAGAGUGGUCAGUCUUCUACUGUCAGCCAGUCAUAGAGACAUUGAAUUUAUGAGUCACCUAGGUAUGAGCAACUACCUCUUAAUGUUAACAUUGUAAAGCGCUGCGGAAUUUGAUGGCGCUAUAUAAAUAAUAACAUAAUAAUAAUAAUAACAAUGGAACAUGAUAUCGGUAAACUGCAGCCCACUGUGAGGAUUUACACAAAAUGCAGACUAUUGCAGCUCAUAGGGCACACAUCAAGCAAUGAAACACAGUAUGGAUUGUUUAUCAGGAUGGCACUAUAAAUACUGCGCUAUAGAAGAUGUAAAUCCUUCUCUCCUAUGAUACUCACAUCUCUUCUCCUUCCCACCAGACUCCCUGUUGGAAUCCAUGAAGCAGGUGCUUGUAGGUGGACUUUAUGCCAAAGAAAUUGGUGGAAUCCUACUCUCCCACGUGAGUACUAAAAAUCUGAAAUACUGUCAUACAAUAUCAGUUACCUAUUGAGAAAAACAUAUAAAAAGUCUUCCAUUGAUGGAGUAUGGGACAGAAUGCCCUAGCUGUGAAAUACGUCUGAAGUAUUUCUUCUGCAGAUAUUAACAGCAACAUUACAAUAGAGGGACAGUUUUCACUGAUAUUGUGUAACUUCUGUCACGAAACCAUUAAGGAAGAAUUCAUGAGAAUUCCACAGAGAUGUAUCUGGAUUUUAGUACCUGAGGUUGAGUUGUCUUUGCACCCCCCCCCCCCUCAUAAUUUUACAUGUGUGUAUUACCACAACCACUGUGUGUGUCUCUUCCACCUUUUUUUCUCCUGUUGUCUUUAUUUAGCCACGUCAACCACCAUGUGUCUCCUAAUCCUCAUGUUCAUGUCUUUUGACCCCUUUAUCUCUAAACUACCCUCACCUGCAUAUAUGUCCCUUGAACUCCUACACCACCUUGUUUGUCUCUCCUAAACUGCCUCAUACCCUUUUACAUCUCUCUGACCCUUAUUAUCUCUACAACCACCUACUACCUCUGUUCCCUCCAUUAUCUGCCACCUGCAUGGAUUGUAGCAUGUCCAGGGAAAAUGCAGCUCAGGGUGAGCAGGUGAGGGCAAUAGGUAGAAAGGAGGGUAUAAUGUUAAGUCCCUGUCCCUUCCUCUCAUACUGCAUGUUAUGAACUCUGAGCAACACUGAAAGACCUUGCAGAGUAGUAUGAAUAGACUCCGGUACAUACAAUGCGGAGCCAGGAGGGGGAUACUAUCUGAAUGCCUCUCCCAGCUGUCACCUGAGAUGGACCCUGUCCCUUCGUACAUUAUUGGAAUUUGGUAACUCAAUUUUAUGGUAAGGAAGGUUCAUCUAUUGACCUUAGCAGCAAGUCCUUCAGAACAUAAAGAUGCUGAUAACACAAUCUUUUCUUUAUUUCUCUCCUACUCCUUCUCCGUGUUAACAUUACACUAUCUCUUGAUUGUCUGGGUUUUCUAGUUUGACAGAGCUUCUGAUGACAUAGUGAAGGAAACAGUGAAGUUUUGCUGUAACCAGAUCUCUGCGCUGAAACUGAUUAAGAGCAAACAGCGCGAGGACACCAGGUUCAGGAGAUUCAUGCAGGUACUAUGCCUACCAUCAGAUAGAGAGAUCCCUAUAUGUUUUACAAUACGCCUUCCCUUCUUUCCUACAGGACUUAGUUGGACCUGAUAGUUUCCAACCAUUGUUAAGUAGAUGAUACAUAGUGCUAUAGGUUUACAAUGUUACAUGUCACUGUUCACCAACUUCCGUAGGCCAUACCAGUGAAUGUCUGCCAGCACACUGCUUUGUAAUUUCAGUGGAGUUUUAUAAAGCCAUCAACUCAAUAACAUGAUAAUAUUUUAACACGUUUGGGUGUCUUCAACGAGCUACAAGAGUUUAGAAACAUAGAAACAUAGAAUUUGACGGCAGAUAAGAACCAUUCGGCCCAUGUAGUCUGCCCAAUUUUCUAAAUACUUUCAUUAGUCCCUAGCCUUAUCUUAUAGUUAGGAUAGCCUUAUCCCUAUCCCACGCAUGCUCAAACUCCUUUACUGUGUUAACCUCUACCACUUCAGCUGGAAGGCUAUUCCAUGCAUCCACUACCCUCUCAGUAAAGUAAUACUUCCUGAUAUUAUUUUUAUACCUUUAUCCCUCUAAUUUAAGACUAUGUCCUCUUGUUGUAGUAGUUUUUCUUCCAUUAAAUAUAGUCUCCUCCUUUACUGUGUUGAUUCCCUUUAUGUAUUUAAAUGUUUCUAUCAUAUCCCCCCUGUCUCGUCUUUCCUCCAAGCUAUACAUGUUAAGAUCCUUUAACCUUUCCUGGUAAGUUUUAUCCUGCAAUCCAUGAACCAGUUUAGUAGCCCUUCUCUGAACCCUCUCUAAGGUAUCAAUAUCCUUCUGAAGAUACGGUCUCCAGUACUGUGUUCAAUACUCCAAGUGAGGUCUCAUCAGUGUUCUGUACAAUGGCAUGAGCACUUCCCUCUUUAUACUGCUAAUACCUCUCCCUAUACAACCAAGCAUUCUGCUAGCAUUUCCUGCUGCUCUAUUACAUUGUCUGCCUACCUUUAAGUCAUCAGAAAUAAUCACCACUAAAUCCCUUUCCUCAGAUGUUGAGGUUAGGACUCUACCAAAUAGUCUGUACUCUGCCCUUGGGUUUUUACGUCCAAGAUGCAUUGUCUUGCACUUAUCCACAUUAAAUGUCAGUUGCCACAACUCUGACCGUUUUUCUAGUUUACCGAAAUCAUUUGUCAUUUGGCUUAUCCCUCCUGGAACAUCAACCCUGUUACAUAUCUUAGUAUCAUCAGCAAAAAGACAUACCUUACCAUCAAGACCUUCUGCAAUAUCAAAGACUGCUGAAUAAAACCCAUCUGAAAUCACAUAGCAGAGUGAUGAGGAAUAUUUACUGAGAUUAAAAAAUAUGGACAUUUAUUGUAUAUAAACAUUCUUUCAGUGUCAUAAACCGGCUUAAAAACAAAAAGGACGAAAAUAAUAUUGUAAUAAAAUAAAAUGUACAUACUAUUAAAAGUAUUUGAAAUUCUGAACAUAGAUUUUCUUAGUUUGCCGUAAUAUGUUUAUCCUUUUUAAUGUGUUUCUUAGAUUUCUCUAUUUAAUCUUAUCUUUAAUCAAUCAUUCAUUUUCUACUCCUGUGUUGUAAUUGCACGAUUUUCAGAUUUUUCUUCCUUUUCCUUUUCUUGUUUAUCUGUUCUUUGUCGUCCAUUAAACCCAGAAUGCAGAGAGUGACCCUGCCUGCAGCCCCCAACUGCUUAAAGACCUGAUUAAGUGUGAGAUGCAGCGUGUUACCCAGUAUCCUCUGCUUCUGAAGAAUAUCAUUAAACGAACAGAAAGUGAGUCCAUCUAUCGUCUACUAACUUUCAGUCCAGGCAGUCACGUUCACGUUGCUCUAAUAAAACAUCAGCAACAUCUUUCUAUUCGUUAGAUAUUAACCAUGUGACAGACCCAUCUGUCUGGACUAAAAGUACUGUGUUCGCCUGUUUUGCCGUUUGCAUGAAUUCUCCCAUUCGUAUGCUUUGUUGCAGGGAAUGUCUGGUUUUGUCGAACGGACUUACCAAACGGACGGCCACCCAGAAGAGAAGUGUGCUGCUGGUUAACCUAUUGAUCCCAAUUAGAACGUUGCCGUUAACCACAGACACUUCUCAAUUAAAACCGAAUGCCAGGUGGUCGUCGUUCGUAUGUCGACCACGAGGCGGCGGCCAUUUUAACCAUGCGAAAGACCAGCGGUGUUCGACGAUUAUUUCAUGGAUCUAAAAACGGACACAUUUUCAACCGAACACCGCUGAAGCCAUCGACCUCCCCUUCUUAAUCGACAAAAGCAUACGAAUGCCGGCCGUUCGGGAGAUUCAACAACACGAAUGGACUUAACCCAGAUAGCCUUCCCAUGGAGUCAAUCGCAUACCGAAGAACUGUAAUAGACUUUGACUCCAUGGCGAUUGAACUAUGCGAAUGGGAUCUGAGCGCUAUUCGCCAAUAAUAUGCACUCAGAUCCAGGCUAUCUGGGGAUGUGUUACACGAAUGCAAUAUGUUCGGCAGUUAUAAAGUUAUAGAUUUUUAUGUGUUUUAUGACUUGUACUUAAAAUGGCGAUUUGCCUCUGCUCGGGGAGAUAAUUUAAUUACUUCCCAAUUAUCUCCCGAGCAGAGGGGAGGGAACUGUGAUGCAUGCUGGGAAUAUUGUGGGGAUGUAUGUCCAAAAUGUCCCCAUGUCCUUCUGUCAUUUCAGUCUCCCAUUUGGUCCCCUAGGGGAGUGUCCACCAAGUGGGAGACCUGCAUAAAUACCGGGCAGGUAGCCCACAGUAAAUCAGUUCGUGUUUUACCCUCAAAGCGGAGCUUGGUCUCGUUAUUGGGGGGAUUUUAUUACCGGCGACUAGAGACUGCUUAUUUGGAUUAUUUGCCGCUUGGAAGAUAUUGGCGUUCGGCUAAUAUUGUCAGUUCGUGGAUUUGGAGUUCGUGAAGGGAAAGAGCCAUACAGGUACCGUUCGGGAGUUUGAAGUGUUCCCUAGCUGGCGGUUCGCAUGAUUAUACUGCAUACGCUACCAGAUUACAUUAUUGAGAACGGGGAACAUUCACUAAACGGCGGUUUGCACAUUUAUUACUGGAGGUACCGUAACAAACCAUUUCUCACAUUUGUAUUAUUAUUAUUUUAUAAAGAGCCAAUAAAUUCCACGGCGCUGUAAAUAUUAUCCCUGUGCUGUCUAUGGCCUUCCCGUAAUAGCUCUCGUAGGACCUUCGUUAUGGGUUUAACCAUCUCUAGGGUACAGCUUUAUAAUAAUAAUCUUUACUUUUCACAAAUCUAAAAGAUUCUAUAAAUUAUCUUCUUACAGGUGGAUCAGAGGAGAUUGGAGUCCUGCAUCUCAGCCUGGAACGGUGCCGCACUCUACUAAAAGAUGUAGAGGCAUCAAUGACCAGAUUUGAGAAUCAACGAACCCUGCCAGAGAUUAAAAAACAUCUGGAUACAACGUCUCUAAGAAAGAGCAAACAUCCCGCGGGAGCAGAGUGUCCCCAGUAAGGCCAUUCUAUUCUUUUAUUCUAAGUUUUGGGAAGUGGUUAUAAAAUAUUAUGAAAUCCGUUCUUUACAUAGUACUAAUCCUUCUUCCUAGAAAUUUAUGGAUUCUGACAACGUUUUCUGCCACUUUUCCACAUUAUUUGCCUUUCACAUAAUUUGAUCUACAACCCCCGAUAUUGCUUUCUUCUUAUAAACGUGUCAACAAAAGUGUGUUCAAAUCGCACUUAUUAAUUGUGACAUCUUGCACCUUGAAUAAGCAAUAUAGCAUGUUGUAAUAUUACAUUUUAAUUCCUACCACACAAUAUGGAUUAUUUCUAGAAUUUUAAUACAUAACUACUCAUAUUGCUAAUAGCCAUAAAAUACAAUAUAAAGGACUGGUUGCAUGAUGGAUACCUGAGGAAAAUUCCUAUGAACUGCUCUAUUCAAAAUUGUGAGAGUAGUACAUUGUGAAAGAAAUGUAUCUACGUUAUAAAUCUGGUAUAUUCAUUGUUCCACCUUUCAAAGGUUUAAUACCAAAGUCAAGAUAAUUGGCCAUAUUUAUUGCUCUAGCACAAACCGUCCUACACACGUGCCUUCAUUACCAAAUAUGUGCUCGUGCUCGCUAGUUCAGUCAGUGCGCUGAGAAUCUGGUUUGGAAACUGUUUAUAGAAAUUCUGAAUCCUAACGCCUUUUGUUCACUUUCAGGGCGAGUCUGACCUGGCCAGAGACCGUGGGUUGGAAUGUGAUUUCUCGGUUAAAACCACGAGAAAUUAAGAGACAGGAGGCGAUACACGGUAAGUGUUACAAUGAUUAUACACCUAGGAUAAAGUGUGAAUGGUCGGGUGUGUGUACCUGGGUCAUUUUCCUAUCCUUCAUAUUUCCAGAUAUUUUCUUUAUAAACAAACCCAGGAGAUUGCUCGAGGGCACCAGGGGGACGUACGGUGCCUGAUGUUACUAAACUCUACAAAGAGACACUUUAUGCCAUCUAUGUGGAAGGGAUGGCACAGGGGAUAAUCAAUGGCAAAGCUCCAGUCUGUCCUUGUUCUAAUCACUUUAUUGCAAACACCAUGUAUUUUUAUACGUCCUGCUUAUUACCAUAUAAAGGGACAGUGUAUUAUAUCUUAUUACAUGGUAGUGUUUGUGGCUGGAAGCAAAUUAUAUUAUGUAGACCCACAAAAUUAAGUCCUGUACUCAAACUCCCACUACUCCUGGUCCAUAUCAACACCCGAUAAAUAGAAUAAAAAUAAAUAAAUAAAUAAACAUUACUUGUGCACUAUCCAAAAUCCCUAUGCACAUUUAAAUAACUGGAGGUUUUUAGUAUCCAAUGGUCUUUCAAGUGUAAGCUCACCUGCCAAGUCAAGGCAAAGGUGAGUCUUACACUAAGAAUUCACCUUGCUCCAUUCAGCUAAAAGAACAGAUCUCUAAUGAGAUGGAAAGGGUUACAUUAUGUGACAAUGAGUUACAAUGUCAGUCAAUGUGUUAUCAUAUUAAAUGGUGAGAAUGUGGGAUAUACCCCAUAAUACUUUGUGCCUGCGGUUCUUACAGCCUUAUAAGGGCAGCAAGGUAACUGUUACGGAUCACCUGGCACCCCGACUGGGUACCUCCGUUGAAGAAUGCUCCUAGCGCUUACAGAGGGCUCCAAGCGCUCCGCCAGACACCACAACCACCAUAGACCCCACGAACCGCCGCAGCUUGGCUGGGGUCUCGCCAUCUCCUACCCACCCUGGACCUACGACAAGGCUCCAGGUUCCAGUGGGUGAACCUCUCCUCCUAGAGAGUGAAGCAGGAACAAGCUCUUACAAGAGCUCAGUGAUUAUAGCAAGGGAAUAUGCAGAGCAUAGCAAUCCCUUGUAGCAGAUUCCCCCAAUAAGAGACAGGACUCAGAUUGAGGGUGAAGUAGAACUGAGUGGACUGGCACAUACAGCCUCUUUUAUUCCCAAUCCACAAACUUAGUACUGCCCACAGGGUUUUACAGAACAACCAAUCAAUCUGUACCAUACACACAGACACUCCCACACAAAAUCCUCCACUCUGCCUGUGAUAUGAUUACUGAACACAAUGGUUAAUCUAAUUAUCACAGGGAGAGAAAUACAGUAUCAUAAAACACAUCACAGGGACCCCAAAACAUGCAAUAAUAUAAAAAUAUAUAUCCUUGGAACCAGGGGAUCUGGGUGAACCACAUAUCCAAAAUUCACCCAAAUCUGUUCAGUACUUUCAAAGAUACAGUUUAAUGCAGAUUCCACAGAACAUAUGCAGGCUAAAUGAAAAACAAUUACUGUAUAAUGUGUCCCCUGUUGUAUAGUCCAAAACCACAGCACGAAGUCCAAACAGUGUCUGUGAGUUAAAAUGGCCACCAUCGAUUGUUCUCACCAUGUGCUUCAUCCAUUGUUCUCACCAUGUGCCACUGAUACAGGAAAUGGUGGCCACCCAGUAACUCCACAGUAUGUCCCCAGAUGGUUCUUAAAGGGCCAGCAGCAGCACAACACAAAUCCAUUAUGCCCAAAUCAUGUCUUUAAAGGGCAAUACACCCCAGGUGCCAUAGUCACAUGGCAGGAGGCUGGCAAUCAGUCUUCUCCAAUGCCCAGUGGUGAGGUCAGUUUUGCCAAAGUAACUAACUGCGCAGAUUGUACCCCAAAACACACAUUCCCUAAACUAUUGUUUCCCAAAUCUUUUUAGGAAUCACUAGAACAACCGCAGCCUCCAUGUCGCAUGGAGGUUUGUAAUUCAAGUCUGGAGUUCUUAAUAUGUUUUCUUUCAAUGGUUUUAUAACUUGUCUUCCCAUAAUAAAGUAAUUCCAGGCAGCACUAAUCAUGUUAAAUACAUUCUCCUAUUUCUGCUGUAGAACUCUUUGUGACUGAAGAGUCCCACCUUCGUGCUCUCAAUGUUCUGGACUCUGUAUUCUACCAGAAGUUAAUCAGCGAGGCAUUGCUGUCUCCGGAUGAAGUGAAGCUUGUCUUCCCUAACCUGCCACAGCUCAUUAAUAUCCACAGUAAGAUAUGGAACAUUUCUAAUGUAUGCAGUAAAACUAAAUAAAUGCCCCAAGUGAAGGUGAAUGUUGUGAGUGGACUGAUAGAAGGUUAGGAACCCAUUUAUAGGGACUCUGUGUACUAAAUAUGACACCACUUAUAUCUGAAAUGUAUUUCUUACUUUUUCAUCAUUAUCUUGCAAUUACAUAAAUUGUUAUGGGAAAUUGUAAACAUACAUUUCUUUCUCUGUCUUCUCCUCAGCUGCGAGUCUGUCAUUUAUUAUGAAGCCAUGAGAAAAACUCAGUGAGCCCAAAACUGAUCAAAUGAGGUGUUCAAAUUGGUGGCCUCAGUGUCCCUUUAAAUAACUAAUACAUUCAUUAUUGAUACAUUCGUUAUAGUGUCCUUUUAAUAAACCAAGAAUUAAAAAUGAAAUUCACAAAGUGCUGGGAUCCAUACUUACCACAAAGGUAUCCUGACUGUCCACAGUACUUGAUACCAUAGAUUAAAUAAAACCAUGCCAGGCCAUUCGGGGAAAUAAGAGGAAUUCCUCAACUGGAGAAUGGCUAGACUGUCACAACUAGGCCUUUUGCUGUCCCUCAUUUUCUGUUUGUAGCCUAUAAAACCAGAGUGGUCAGUCUUCCACUGUCAACCAGUCUUAGAGACAUUGAAUUUAUGAGUCACCUAGGUAUGAGCAACUACCUCUUAAUGUUAACAUUGUAAAGCGCUGCGGAAUUUGAUGGCGCUGUAUAAAUAAUAACAUAAUAAUAAUAAUAAUAACAAUGGAACAUGAUAUCGGUAAACUGCAGCCCACUGUGAGGAUUUACACAAAAUGCAGACUAUUGCAGCUCAUAGGGCACACAUCAAGCAAUGAAACACAGUAUGGAUUGUUUAUCAGGAUGGCACUAUAAAUACUGCGCUAUAGAAGAUGUAAAUCCUUCUCUCCUAUGAUACUCACAUCUCUUCUCCUUCCCACCAGACUCCCUGUUGGAAUCCAUGAAGCAGGUGCUUGUAGGUGGACUUUAUGCCAAAGAAAUUGGUGGAAUCCUACUCUCCCACGUGAGUACUAAAAAUCUGAAAUACUGUCAUACAAUAUCAGUUACCUAUUGAGAAAAACGUAACAAUUCUUCCAUUGAUGGAGUAUGGGACAGAAUGCCCUAGCUGUGAAAUACGUCUGAAGUAUUUCUUCUGCAGAUAUUAACAGCAACAUUUCAAUAAAAGGACAGUUUUCACUGAUAUUGUGUAACUUCUGUCACGAAACCAUUAAGGAAGAAUUCAUGAGAAUUCCACAGAGAUGUAUCUGGAUUUUAGUACCUGAGGUUGAGUUGUCUGUGCACCCCCUCAUAAUUUUACAUGUGUGUAUUACCACAACCACUGUGUGUCUCUCUCCCACCUUUUCUUUGUAUUUUCUGACUCCGUCACUCCUUCGGUUGUCUUUAUUUAGCCAUGUCAACCACGAUGUGUCUACUAAUCCUCAUGUUCAUGUCUGUAGCGGAGAGCUGGUAUUACACAACCUAUCUCCACUUUAGAUCCCAGGGAGGUUCAGGAACAAGCAAUUAUAAAUCCAUAGGGUAAAGUAUCCAGCAGGCAAAGUAACACAGCAAUAUCCCAGCAGUAAUCCCAAUAACUGGACGACACACAGUAUCAGGAGCAGAACUGAAGAUUUAUUCACACAGUGGCCUUUUAAAGCCUGCUCCCAUGCAAGGGAGGGAUUUCCAUUAAUUUGUACAGUAGCCAAUCCUGCUCUGGUAACCUCCCACACAUCUCCUCCCUCAGCCUGCAUCAUAAUCCCCUUAUCCAGCACACCAAUUCCCCCCGUUUCUGGAUGUACCCCUAAACUUAGGGGUACUACUUUAAAUUAUACAUCCCCUGGUAGCCCUGAUCUGGGUGAACAACAUCCAAAAAUCAUCCAGAUCAGACCAGGGGUUCGGGAAAUUCAUGGAGGGAAUAAAAUGACCAUCCGCACUGGAGAGAACAGCCGAAUGGGGUUCCAUGCGAUGGGGUCCUGCGGUCGGUCCUGGAGUCAGGGAAUAAACUGCACGAAAGCCUCUAGCUACAGAGACUAGGGAGGGUUCUCCUGAAUCCCCUCGUUCGGUUGUUUCUAUCUACCAAACGAGGGGCCGUUCGGUAGUUUGGAACCGAACGGACCGGGCUUGUGGAGGUCUCAGCGGUGUUCGCCUAGUCGAGUGCCAAUGUUGCAACAGGUAAUUGAAGGCACGCUUCACACAGGGGAGGUCUGACUGUUCGGUAGUUUCAUUCGAACAAACUAAGGGAAUGAAACUACCUAACAUUCAGACGAAUACAAUACAUUUAACACAUAGAACUUUGCUAUUUUACACAAAUGCAUUCAAACACAUGUAAUUCUCAGGACAGCCCAGUGCCAUCCGCUACAAUGUCUUUUGACCCCUUUAUCUCUGAACUACCCUCACCUGCAUAUAUGUCCCUUAAACUCCUACACCACCUUGUUUGUCUCUCCUAAACUGCCUCAUACCCUUUUACAUCUCUCUGACCCUUAUUAUCUCUACAACCCCCAUUAUCUGCCACCUGCAUGGAUUGUAGCAUGUCCAUGGAAAAACGCAGCUCAGGGUGAGUAUGUGAGGGCAAUGGGUAGAAAGGAGGGUAUAAUGUUAAGUCCCUGUCCCCCUCCACUCAUACUGCAUGUUAUGAACUCUGAGCAACACUGAAAGACCUUGCGGAGUAGUAUGAAUAGACUCCGGUACAUACAAUGCAGAGCCAGGAGGUGGAUACAGCUGUCACCUGAGAUGGACCCUGUCCCUUCGUACAUUAUUGGAAUUUGGUAACUAAUUUUUAUGGUAAGGAAGGUUCAUCUAUUGACCUUAGCAGCAGGUCCUUCAGAACAUAAAGAUGCUGAUAACACAAUAUUUUCUUUAUUUCUCUCCUACUCCUUCUCCGUGUUAACAUUACACUAUCUCUUGUUUGUCUGGGUUUUCUAGUUUGACAGAGCUUCUGAUGACAUAGUGAAGGAAACAGCGAAGUUUUGCUGUAACCAGAUCUCUGCGCUGAAACUUAUUAAGAGCAAACAGCACGAGGACACCAGGUUCAGGAGAUUCAUGCAGGUACUAUGCCUACCAUCAGAUAGAGAGAUCCCUAUAUGUUUUACAAUACGCCUUCCCUCCUUUCCUACAGGACUUAGUUGGACCUGAUAGUUUCCAACCAUUGUUAAAUCGAUGAUACAUAGUGCUAUAGAUUUACAAUGUUACAUGUCACUGUUCACCAACUUCAGUAGGCCAUACCAGUGAAUGUCUGCCAGCACACUGCUUUGUAAUUUCAGUGGAGUUUUAUAAAGCCAUCAACUCAAUAACAUGAUAAUAUUUUAACACGUUUGGGUGUCUUCAACGAGCUACAAGGGUUUAGAAACAUAGAAUGUGACGGCAGAUAAGAACAAUUCGGCCCAUCUAGUCUGCCCAAUUUUCUAAAUACUUUGAUUAGUCCCUGGCCUUAUCUUAUAGUUAGGAUAGCCUUAUGCCUAUCCCACGCAUGCUUAAACUCCUUUACUGUGUUAACCUCUACCACUUCAGCUGGAAGGCUAUUCCAUGCAUCCACUACCCUCUUAGUAAAGUAAUAAUACGUCCUGAUAUUAUAUUUAAACCUUUGCCCCUUUAAUGUCCUCUUGUUGUGGUAGUUUUUCUUCUUUUAAAUAUAGUCUCCUCCUUUACUGUGUUGAUUCCCUUUAUAUAUUUAAAUGUUUCUAUCAUAUCCUCCCGUCUCGUCUUUCCUCCAAGCUAUACAUGUUAAGAUCCUUUAACCUUUCCUGGUAAGUUUUAUCCCGCAAUCCAUGAACCAGUUUAGUAGCCCUUCUCUGAACCCUCUCUAAAGUAUCAAUAUCCUUCUGGAGAUACGGUCUCCAGUACUGUGUACAAUACUGCAAGUGAGGUCUCACCAGUGUUCUGUACAAUGGCAUGAGCACUUCCCUCUUUCUACUGCUAAUACCUCUCCCUAUAAAACCAAGCCUUCUGCUAGCAUUUCUUGCUGCUCUAUUACAUUGUCUGCCUACCUUUAAGUCAUCAGAAAUAAUCACCCCUAAAUCCCUUUCCACAGAUGUUGAGGUUAGGACCCUAUCAAAUAUUCUGUACUCUGCCCUUGGGUUUUUACGUCCAAGAUGCAUUAUCUUGCACUUAUCCACAUUAAAUGUCAGUUGCCACAGUUCUGACCAUUUUUCUAGUUUAGCGAAAUCAUUUGCCAUUUGGCUUAUCCCUCCUGGAACAUCAACCCUGUUACAUAUCUUAGUAUCAUCAGCAAAAAGACAUAUCUUACCAUCAAGACCUUCUGCAAUAUCAAAGACUGCUGAAUAAAACCCGUCUGAAAUCACAUAGCAGAGUGAUGAGGAAUAUUUACUGAGAUUAAAAAAUAUGGACAUUUAUUGCAUAUAAACAUUCUUUCAGUGUCAUAAACCGGCUUAAAAACAAAAAGGAAAAAAAUAAUAUUGUAAUAAAAUAAAAUGUACAUACUAUUAAAAGUAUUUGCAAUUCUGAACAUAGAUUUUCUUAGUUUGCUGUAAUAUGUUUAUCCUUUUUAAUGUGUUUCUUAGAUUUCUCUAUUUAAUCUUAUCUUUAAUCAAUCAUUCAUUUUCUACGCCUGUGUUGUAAUUGCACGAUUUUCAGAUUUUUCUUCCUUUUCCUUUUCUUGUUCAUCUGUUCUUUGUCGUCCAUUAAACCCAGAAUGCAGAGAGUAACCCUGCCUGCACCCCCCAACUGCUUAAAGACCUGAUUAAGUGUGAGAUGCAGCGUGUUACCCAGUAUCCUCUGCUUCUGGAGAAUAUCCGCAUACACACGGAAGGUGAGUCCAUCUAUUGUCUACUAACAUUCAGUCCAGGCAGUCACGUUCACGUUGCUCUAAUAAAACAUCAGCAACAUCUUUCUAUUAGUUAGAUAUUAACCAUUGCUCACAUUUGUAUAAUUAUUAUUUUAUAAAGAGCCAAUAAAUUCCACGGCACUGUAAAUAUUAUCUCCUGUGCUGUCUAUGGCCUUCCCAUAAUAGCUCUCGUAGGACCUUCGUUAUGGGUUUAACCAUCUCUAGGGUACAGCUUUAUAAUAAUGACCAGUGUAAAGAUAAUAUAUAUAACCCAGAAUCUCUACUUUUCACAAAUCUAAAAGAAUCUAUAAAUUAUCUUCUUACAGGUGGAUCAGAGGAGAUUGGAGUCCUGCAUCUCUGCCUGGAACGGUGCCGCACUAUACUAAAAGAUGUAGAGGCAUCGAUGACCAGAUGUGAGAAUCAACGAACCCUGCCAGAGAUUAAAAAACAUCUGGAUACAACGUCUCUAAGAAAGAGCAAACAUCCCGCAGCAGCAGAGUGUCCCCAGUAAGGCCAUUCUAUUCUUUUAUUCUAAGUUUUGGGAAGUGGUUAUAAAAUAUUAUGAAAUCCGUCCUUUACAUAGUACUAAUCCUUCUUCUUAGAAAUUUAUGGAUUCUGACAGCUUUUUCUGCCACUUUUCCACAUUAUUUGCCUUUUACAUAAUUUGAUCUACAACCCCCGAUAUUGCUUUCUUCUUAUAAACGUGUCAACAAAAGUGUAUUCAAAUCACACUUAUUAAUUGUGACAUCUUGCACCUUGAAUAAGCAAUAUAGCAUGUUGUAAUAUUACAUUUUAAUUCCUACCACACAAUAUGGAUUAUUUCUAGAAUUUUAAUACGUAACUACUCAUAUUGCUAAUAGCCAUAAAAUACAAUAUAAAGGACUGGUUGCAUGAUGGAUACCUGAGGAAAAUUCCUAUGAACUGCUCUAUUCAAAAUUGUGAGAGUAGUACAUUGUGAAAGAAAUGUAUCUACGUUAUAAAUCUGGUAUAUUCAUUGUUCCACCUUCCAAAGGUUUAAUACCAAAGUCAAGAUCAUUGGCCAUAUUUAUUACUCUAGCACAAACCGUCCUACACACGUGCCUUCAUUACCAAAUAUGUGCUCGUGCUCGCUAGUUCAGUCAGUGCGCUGAGAAUCUGGUUUGGAAACUGUCCGUUCAGUAGAUAGAAAUUCUGAAUCCUAACGCCAUUUGUUCACUUUCAGGGCUAGUCUGACCUGGUCAGAGACCGUGGGUUGGAAUGUGAUUUCUCAGUUAAAACUACGAGAAAUUAAGAGACAGGAGGCGAUACACGGUAAGUGUUACAAUGAUUAUACACCUAGAAUAAAGUGUGAAUGGUCGGGUGUGUGUACCUGGGUCAUUUUCCUAUCCUACAUAUUUCCAGAUAUUUCCUUUAUAAACAAACCCAGGAGAUUGCUUGAGGGCACCAGAGGGACGUACGGUGCCUGAUGUUACUAAACUCUACAAAGAAACACUUUAUGCCAUCUAUGUGGAAGGGAUGGCACAGGGAAUAAUCAAUGGCAAAGCUCCAGUCUGUCCUUGUUCUAAUCACUUUAUUGCAAACACCAUGUAUUUUUAUACGUCCUGCUUAUUACCAUAUAAAAGGACAGUGUAUUAUAUCUUAUUACAUGGUAGUGUUUGUGCCUGGAAGCAAAUUAUAUUAUGUAGACCCACAAAAUUAAGUCCUGUACUCAAACUCCCACUACUCCUGGUCGGCAGCAAUAAUUAAAAUACGCAUCAACACCCGAUACAUAGAAUUAAAAUAAAUAAAUAAAUAAACAUUACUUGUGCACUAUCCCAAAUCCCUAUGCACAUUUAAAUAACUGGAGGUUUUUAGUAUCCAAUGGUGUUUCAAGUGUGAGCUCACCUGCCAAGUCAAGGCAAAACUCUUAGGUGAGUCUUACACUAAGAAUUCAGAAAAAGAAAAAGUUAACUGUUCGUGCUAUAUUAUAAAAGAGUACCCAAGGUUUUAAAGUGUACCCUUACAGACACUUAAAACACAAUAGUAAAAAAAGAAGAAAAAAACAAAGGUACAAAGCAGUGUAUAUCACCAAAGUGACAAAGAAUAAUAAAUAUAUACCAACUGAGUAUGUAGAAAUAUUCUUUCUUAGAAAUAUAUCUGAAAAUACAUAAAAACUAUAUAGUGUAAUAUUGUUACUUCUAAAUAGAAGCAAAAAUGGUAGAAAACUCACAAAAUUAGGUGAAAUCAGGCGUAUCUCCCAAAAUAGGGAACUGUGGCAAUAUGAAGAACCUCCAGCGAUGAUCUUAUAGUAGAUCUUCUCAUUCACUCCAAGUAAAGAGAAAAAUAGAUAGUGUAGAUGGUACAAAAUGUAACAAUUUAUUAUAAAUAAGUUGCACUUACAAUGUUGCAAGUUAAAACCAGCGUGUCUCCACACCAAGUGGUGUCCACAUGCAAUAGUUGAUCCAAUAACAGCACAGGAUUUCAUGCAGCAGCAAAAGAAUAAAAAGUACAGAUGGACUAUAAAAUAAAUAAAAUAAAAAGUUCCAACGCGUUUCGUCCGUCUUGGGACUUCCUCAGGGAUGUGUAAUACUAAUAAGAAUGAGAAUCCUCUUUUAUAUCCACCGUUAAAUUGAUGAAUCAUUCGCCGGUGUCGGUGUGCGUUCCACUGUGGAACGCAUUCUACUUCCGCAUGACGUCACUUCCGGUUUCGCAGACUCAAUAUGGAACAGCAGUUCUUGAAACGGCAUUGACAAUUGCAGCUGAGAAAACUCUCUCCUCACUAAUAUAUUGUUUCCACAACAGUUCAAGGCCAUAAUUACACUCAAAAUAUACAUAUAAUACAAUGAUCACCAUAGGGAUGAAGAGUGUCAACAAUGGAAAUGUUGUAAAUAGUACACAAUAUAAAUAUUAUUAAAAAAUAUAUAUAUUUCUCACAACCUAAUUCAUAUCAAUUUAUAUUACCAAAAUAUAAUAUAAAAAAGAGAAAUAUGAAAAAUAAUACAAAAAACUUUAUCAAAUCCAUUUGUUGUCACUCUCCAUCUCUUUACAAAAACAUAUCCCUUUAUAUAAAGAACUGUAAUAUACAAUAUUAUAUAGAAAAACAAACAUUUUGUAUAUAUUAUUAAACUUUAUGUAUUGGAAAAAUUAUAUAAGAGAAAAUUCUUUUUAUCAGAGAAAAUUUCUGAAAUUAGAAGACAAAUGUUAAUAAUCAAGUAUAGACCAAUCAAAAAUAUAUAAAAAAUAUAUAUAAAAAAAAUAUAUAAAAAAAUAUAUAAAGAAAUAUAAUAAUGAAAAAUGAAAUAAUAAUAAUAAUAAAAAAAUAAAAAUAUAAAUAUGAAAAUAAUAAUAAUAAUAAUAAUAAUAAAAUAAAAAUAGAAAUAAAAAUAAAUAUAAAAUGAAAAUAAACAUAAAUAAAUGAAAUAAAUGAAUAAAAUAAAAUAAAAUAAAUAACAUAAAAUGAAAUUAAAUCAAUCCAACUAGAUCUAUUUCUUGAUUUAGACCAAAUUUUAAAGUUUUUAAAUUAAAAAUCCACUGUGCUUCUUUUGUGUUUAAUGAAAUUUCUAUAUUUCCACCUCUCCAAUGUUUAUCUAUUUUGUCUAUCCCAAUGGCUAUAAAAGUAUUCCACUGAAAAAGUGGACAAUGAGCACAAUGUUUGGAUACACUAUGUUCUAAUUUUUUAUUUUUUAUAUUUUGAAAGUGUUCCAAUAAUCUGACGUGCAGUUUUCAAAUGGUACGGCCAAUAUAUUGUGCUCCACAACCACAUUGCAGUAAAUAAACCACAUGCGUGGUAGAGCAUUGAAUAAAUUUUUUUAUUUGAUAAGUCUGCUGAGUAUAAGUACCUGUAAACGUAUUAGUACUCUUUUUUUGAUAUGUACAUGUAGAACACUUUCCACAUCGAAAAAAACCUUUUAAUAUUUGAUUAGAAAAAAUAUGUGUAUGUUGAGCAGGAAUAAUUUUUUUGGUAGGUAAAAUACUUGGAGCUAAUUUGUUCUUUAGAUUUUCUGCCUUUCUAUAAAUUAUAAUGGUUUUUUUUGGUAAGAUGUUAUUUCAAAAGGUAUCUUUCUUUAAUAUAUGCCAAUGGCGAUUAAUUAUACUUUGAAUUUCUCGAGCUUGAGAAUGAUAUUUUGUUAUAAAGGCAAAAUCAAACUUAUUUCCAUUUUUCUUUUUAUUUUUAUUAUCAUUUGGAGUUAGUAAUUUACUACAAUCUGUAUUAAUCAAAGAUGUUUCAGCUUCUUCAAUCAUUUUUAAAUCAUAUCCCUUCUCAAUAUAUCUUUGUUUUAUGACUUUAGAUUGAGUUUUAAAAGUAUCUAUAUCUGAACAAUUACGUCUUAAACGUGUUAAUUGUCCUUUUGGGACAUUUCUUAACCAAGAAGGAUGAUGUGAGCUUGAGUGCUCUAUAGCCGUAUUACAGUCAGUAUUUUUAAAAAAAGUUUUUGUUUUCAGAAUAUCAUUCUCUAUAUAGAUGGUUAAAUCCAAAAAAUCUAUUUGAGUAGUGUGACAAGUAGAGGUGAAACUUAGAUUAUAUUCAUUGUUAUUUACAUAUAAAAUAAAAUUGUCCAAACUUGUUUGAUCACCUUCCCAUAUAAUGAGCACGUCAUCUAUGUAGCGUCGCCAUAGAACGAGGCUCCCCCCCAGCGUCUGACCCAAAGAAAUACAUCUAGAUUCCCAAUGGGAGACAUACAAAUUGGCGAAGCUGGGGGCGAACCUCGUCCCCAUGGCGACACCACAUAGCUGCAAAAAAUACUGGUCGUUAAACCAAAAAAAAUUCUUAGAUAGAACAAAAAACAUACAAUCAAUCAGAAAAUCAAUCUGUUUCCUCGCAACAGAGGAGUGUUGUUGCAACCAAUCCCCUAUUGCCCAUAGGCCUUUUUGAUGGGGGAUACUAGUAUAAAGAGAGACUACAUCUACUGAAGCUAGAAUGUAGUUUGAUUUCCAUUCUAUUGAUUGUAAAUCAUUUAAAAGGUGUUUAGAAUCUUUAAUAAAUGAAGGUAUCUUAGUUACAUAUGGUUGUAAAAAGAAAUCUAUGUAAGCCGAAAGAUUACAGGAAAGUGAAUCAAUGCCACUUAUAAUGGGGAGACCUGGUGGUUGUGAAAUAGAUUUGUGUAUCUUGGGUAAAAAAUAAAAACAAGCAAUUUUGCAAUGUGGGUUAUACAAAAAUGUGGGUUGCCACAGUUUCCUAUUUUGGGAGAUACGCCUGAUUUCACCUAAUUUUGUGAGUUUUCUACCAUUUUUGCUUCUAUUUAGAAGUAACAAUAUUACACUAUAUAGUUUUUAUGUAUUUUCAGAUAUAUUUCUAAGAAAGAAUAUUUCUACAUACUCAGUUGGUAUAUAUUUAUUAUUCUUUGUCACUUUGGUGAUUUACACUGCUUUGUACCUUUGGUUUUUUCUUCUUUUUUUACACUAAGAAUUCCCCUUACUCCAUUCAGCUAAAAGAAGAGAUCUCUAAUGAGAUGGAAAGGGUUGCAUUAUGUGACAAUGAGUUACAAUGUCAAUCAAUGUGUUAUCAUAUUAAAUGGUGAGAAUGUGGGAUAUACCCCAUAAUACUUCGUGCCUGGGGUUCUUACAGCCUUAUAAGGGCAGCAAGGUAACUAACUGCGCAGAUUGUACCCCAAAACACACAUUGCCUAAACUAUUGUUUCCCAAAUCUUUUUGUAACAAGUUGGUUUGGUGAACACAGAUAACUGUAUCACUCAUAGUGUUCCCUCUGCUCGUGUUUCUGUAAGAUUAGAAAUGAAACAGUUAAUAGGAAUCACUAGAACAACCGCAGCCUCCAUGUCGCAUGGAAGUUUGUAAUUCAAGUCUGGAGUUCUUAAUAUGUUUUAUUUCAAUGGUUUUAUAACUUGACUUCCCAUAAUAAAGUAAUUCCAGGCAGCACAGAUCAUGUUAAAUACAUUCUCCUAUUUCUGCUCUAGAACUCUUUGUGACUGAAGAGUCCCACCUUCGUGCUCUCCAUGUUCUGGACUCUGUAUUCUACCAGAAGUUAAUCAGCGAGGCAUUGCUGUCUCCGGAUGAAGUGAAGCUUGUCUUCCCUAACCUGCCACAGCUCAUUAAUAUCCACAGUAAGAUAUGGAACAUUUCUAAUGUAUGCAGUAAAACUAAAUAAAUGCCCCAAGUGAAGGUGAAUGUUGUGACUGGACUGAUAGAAGGUUAGGAACCCAUUUAUAGGGACUCUGUGUACUAAAUAUGGCACCACUUAUAUCUGAAAUGUAUUUCUUACUUUUUCAUCAUUAUCUUGCAAUUACAUAAAUUGUUAUGGGAAAUUGUAAACAUACAUUUCUUUCUCUUUCUUUCUGCUGAAUAGCAGCUCCUCAGCUGCCAGUCUGUCAUUUAUUAUGAAGCCAUGAGAAAAACUCAGUGAGCCCCAAAAUUGAUCAAAUGAGGUGUUCAAAUUGGUGGCCUCAGUGUCCCUUUUAAUAACUAAUACAUUCAUUAUUGAUACAUUCGUUAUAGUGUCCUUUUAAUAAACCAAGAAUUAAAAAUGAAAUUCACAAAGAGCUGGGAUCCAUACUUACCACAAAGGUAUCCUGACUGUCCACAGUACUUGAUACCAUAGAUUAAAUAAAACAAUGCCAGGCCAUUCGGGGAAAUAAGAGGAAUUCCUCAACUGGAGAAUGGCUAGACUGUCACAACUAGGCCUUUUGCUGUCCCUCAUUUUCUGUUUGUAGCCUAUAAAACCAGAGUGGUCAGUCUUCCACUGUCAGCCAGUCAUAGAGACAUUGAAUUUAUGAGUCACCUAGGUACGAGCAACUACCUCUUAAUGUUAACAUUGUAAAGCGCUGCGGAAUUUGAUGGCGCUAUAUAUAAAUUAUAAAAUAAUAAUAAUAAUAAUAACAAUGGAACAUGAUAUCGGUAAACUGCAGCCCACUGUGAGGAUUUACACAAAAUGCAGACUAUUGCAGCUCAUAGGGCAUACAUCAAGCAAUGAAACACAGUAUGGAUUGUUUAUCAGGAUGGCACUAUAAAUACUGCGCUAUAGAAGAUGUAAAUCCUUCUCUCCUAUGAUAAUCACAUCUCUUCUCCUUCCCACCAGACUCCCUGUUGGAAUCCAUGAAGCAGGUGCUUGUAGGUGGACUUUAUGUCAAAGAAAUUGGUGGAAUCCUACUCUCCCACGUGAGUACUAAAAAUCUGAAAUACUGUCAUACAAUAUCAGUUACCUAUUGAGAAAAACGUAACAAUUCUUCCAUUGAUGGAGUAUGGGACAGAAUGCCCUAGCUGUGAAAUACGUCUGAAGUAUUUCUUCUGCAGAUAUUAACAGCAACAUUUCAAUAGAGGGACAGUUUUCAUUGGCAUUGUGUAACUUCUCUCAGGAAACCAUUAAGGAAGAAUUCAUGAGAAUUCCACAGAGAUGUAUCUGGAUAUUAUUACCUGAGGUUGAGUUGUCUGUGGCACCCCCUCAUACUUUUACAUUUGUGUAUUACCACAACCCCUGUGUGUCUCUCUUCCACCUCUUCUUCAUAUUUUCUGACUCCGUCACUCCUUGUGUUUUCUCUCAUAAGCCAUCUCACCCCCCAUUUGUCUACUACUCCUCACAUGAAUGUCUUUGGACCCCUUCAUCCCCUGUGUGUCUCUCUUCACUUCCCUCAAUCCGUUACUCACUCUGCACUACCCUCACCUUUUUAUGUGUCUGUUAAACUCCUUCAGCACCUUGUGUGUGUCUCCUGAACUGCCUUAAAAUCUUUAUGUUUCUCCUGUCACAUAUUAUCUCUGCAACCACCGACCACUUAUGUUCCCUCCAUUAGCAGCCACCUGCCUUGGAUUGCACCAUGUCCAGGUAGAAAUGCAACGCAGGAUGAGCAUGCGAGGAGAAUGGGUAAAGAGGGGGGGUAUGACGUUAAGUCCCUGUCCCCUCCACUCUUACUGCAUGUUAUAGACUCUGAGCAGCACUGAGAGACCUUGCGGAGUAAUAUGAAUAGACUCAGGUACAUACAAUGGAGGAGGUGGAUACUAUCUGAACAGCUCUUCUAGCUGUCACCCGGAGUGGAUCCUAUCCCUUCGUACAUUACUGGAAUUCGGUAACUCAAUUUUAUUGGAAGGAAUGUCCAUCAAGCAGCGGGUCCUUCAGAACAAAAAGUAGCUAAUAACACAAAGUCGUCUUAUUUCCUUCCUAUUCCUUCUCUGUGUUAACUACACUAUCUAUUGUUUGUUUGUGUUUUCUAGUUUGACAGAGCUUCUGAUGACAUAGUGAAGGAAACAGUGAAGUUUUGCUGUAACCAGAUCUCUGCGCUGGAACUGAUUAAGAGCAAAAAGCGCAAGGACACCAGGUUCAGGAGAUUCAUGCAGGUACUACGCCUACCAUCAGAUAGAGGAAUCCUUAUAUGUUUUACAAUACGCCUUCCCUCCUUUCCUACAGGACUUGGGCCUGAUACUUUCCAACUAUUGUUAAGUCAGUGAUACAUAGUGCUAUAGGACUUACAAUGUAACAUGUCACUGUUCCCCAACUUCAGUAGGCCACACCAGUGAAUGUCCCCCAGCACACACUGCUUUUUUUUAAUUUCAGUGGAGUUUUAUUUAGACAUCAAAUCAACAACAUGAUAACAUUUUGACACGUUUGGGUGUCUUCAUCGAGCUUCAGUGGUUUGACUCCUGAAUAAAACUAGUCUGAGAUCACAUUAUUAUUAUUAUCAUUAUAUUAUUAUUUAUAUAGCAGAGUGAUGAGGAAUAUUUACUGAAAUUAAAAAAUAUGGACAUUUAUUGCAUAUAAACAUUCUUUCAGUGUCAUAAACCGGCUUAAAAACAAAAAGGAAGAAAAUAAUAUUGUAAUAAAAUAAAAUGUACAUACUAUUAAAAGUAUUUGAAAUUCUGAACAUACAUUUUCUUAGUUUGCCGUAAUAUGUUUAUCCUUUUUAAUGUGUUUCUUAGAUUUCUCUAUUUAAUCUUAUCUUUAAUCAAUCAUUCAUUUUCUACGCCUGUGUUGUAAUUGCACGAUUUUCAGAUUUUUCUUCCUUUUCCUUUUCUUGUUUAUUUGUUCUUUGUCGUCCAUUAAACCCAGAAUGCAGAGAGUGACCCUGCCUGCACCCCCCAACUGCUUAAAGACCUGAUUAAGUGUGAGAUGCAGCGUGUUACCCAGUAUCCUCUGCUUCUGGAGAAUAUCAUUAAACGAACAGAAAGUGAGUCCAUCUAUAGUCUACUAACUUUCAGUCCAGGCAGUCACGUUCACGUUUCUCUAAUAAAACAUCAGCAACAUCUUUCUAUUCGUUAGAUAUUAACCAUUGCUCACAUUUGUAUUAUUAUUAUUUUUUAUACGAGCCAAUAAAUUCCACGGAGCUGUAAAUAUUAUCUCCUGUGCUCUCUAUGGCCUUCCCAUAAUAGCUCUCGUAGGACCUUCGUUAUGGGUUUAACCAUCUCUAGGGCACAGCUUUAUAAUAAUGACCAGUGUAAAGAUAAUAUAUAUAACCCAGAUUCUUUACUUUAUACAAAUCUGACAGAUUCUAUAAAUUAUCUUACAGCGGAAUCAAAAGAUAUUGGAGUCCUGCUUUUCUGCCUGGAACAGUGCCGCACUAUAAUAAAAGAUGUAGAGGCCUCGAUGACCAGGAUUGAGAAUCAACGAACACUGGCAAAGAUUCAAAAACAUCUGGAUACAACGUCUCUAAGAAAGAGCAAACAUCCCAUGGCAUCAGAGUUUGCAGUAAGCCUGGGGGUAUUAUACCCAUUAUUCUAGGGGGCAGGAUGGCAAAUAUUAACCCAGGGGAUAAACCAGUGUAGACAGUGUGUGGAAAUAUUCCAGUCAGAGCGCACGUGCUGUAAGAGUGUCAUGGCGCCUCUGGUGUUUAUAACUGGAACUGUACAAUAUAUAUAUCUUUAUCAGAUGAGUAAAUCCGUAACACAGUCAAUUUCUUCUCAUAUCCACAGGACUUGGACCUCACUAAAAAACGUUUGAUCCAUGCAGGGCUUCUGACAUGGAAGAGAGUAAACCAUAAGACAACUGGUAUGUACAAAGAUUGAGAGACAAAUCUUCUUGUGCAACAUUAACAACAUAUGGGAGAAAUUCUAUAGGAAAUGGCUUCUCACUGAUUAUAGACAGUAAUAGCGCAUGUUUACAGAAUCCAGUCAGGAAAACUAGGGAAAAUAUUCCCUUCUAUAACAGUGUGGAUACAGCAGAAUAAAACUCCAUCUCCGCUAAUACACUUAUUAUAUGUAAUGAGGAGUUAACCUUAUCUCAUAGCCCACUAAAUCCCAAAUUCUCAUAACUUGGGAACAGAACCAACCCUAAGCCCCCUCUAAAAUGCCUUUUAUCCGAACCUAAUCCUAAUUGCUUUCCAAGCUUUACCUUACAUUAGUGGCACGGUUAUAAAUGGGGACAUUGUAAGAGGAGGUGUGAUACUUAUGAACUUAUUAAUCUCUCUGCAUCAUCAUAGCAAUGCCAGCUUUAUAACUGGCCAUUUCAACAAUAAUAUUUUAAAUACACAGGACAAAGUUAGAGAGAUUACUCAAAGAAAAGACAGCACAUUCUACAUCUGUUAAUUAAACAAAUAUAUUCUGUGUACGGUAUAUGUGGGAAAAAAUAUAUUUUUUCAGCUCAAUUAAGUGGUCUGAGUGCCAGGUCCCCCAGGUUUUAACCCGUCAGAUGUAAACAUAGCAGUUUCGGAGUUUAUCCAACCUCUAGUGGCUGUCUUCCUGACUGUCUAGUGGCUGUCUUCCAGUAUUUGCGACGCUGGAUGUGAAAAUUGAACUCUGUGAACGGAAAAAAGCUGAUAGAAACCCAGCUUGCGUUUUGGUUAGUUCCUGGUCAGAGUUAAAACAUGAUUUUGCUUACUUGUGCCAUUACAGAGAAAACCAAUGCCAUUUGCAUAUUAGACGUUUUUUUUGUCAGCGAGGUGUAGCUGAUACCCCACUAGGCACAGUGAGCAGGGGGUCCAUGUCUGGAUUAAUUUUUUAACGUAGGGGAGCCUACAUUUAUUUGGUGUUUAUCUUGGCUUCCUGCUAUCAUUGUUUUAACUCAGAACUCAUUGUUUCUUACAGAGGUACAAGCUCUACUUUUAGAGGAUCUGCUCGUCCUGCUGCGGAAAAAGAGAAAUAAAUUGGUUCUUAAAUGGAAGGAAGAAUGGGAUCCCAACACUAAGACAAAGAAAGUGUUCAGUCCUAUCAUCAAGCUGAACAAUCUGUUAGUCCGCACUGUGGCAACAGGUAACCCGCCACUCUCUCCUGGAAUGGGGUAAAAUCUGUGAAUAGCGCGUUUGACCAGGGUCCUCAUCAACCUAGUGUUCCUGUAAAAUUAUGUAAUUUUAUAAUUUAUUGUUAAAUUUCCCCCUAUUAUAAUAUUGUAAAGCACUGAUAAAAAAGUUGAUGAAAUAUAAACGCUAAUAAUAAUAAAAUAGAAGUAAUAAAUGGGAUGAUACAAUGACUGUGAUUGUAAAGCUUUCUGUAUUUGAUGAUAUAAAUCUAUAUUUACAUUAAUAGAUGCUUGGGAAUAACAGGACCUGAAAUCUUUAAUGAACAUCUAAAACAUAUAAAUACAGUACUAUAUGAUUCAUUUAAAGACAAACCAACAAAUAACUGAAAUCUGUAAAAAUAAAAAUAAAAAAAAAUAAUACAUAUAGAAGCAUUAAAGACAUUAAAAUGAUAGCAAACAGAAUGCAUACAGAGACCGUCACUAUCAGUACUCACAAUCCACAUGACAUAGGAGACAUUGAUGCUCAGUGUUUCUAUUUGACCGGUCAAUCCGCUAAUUUAAUUCUUCUCCUGGAAUCCUGUGUUUAUUCCUACAGAUCAGGAAUCAUUCUUUGUCAUGGAUACGUCGGAGUCACCCCAGCUGUACAAAUUCACCACAACCUCGACCUCUGAGAAAAAAAAGUAAGAAUGACAGGUAGUGAUGUCCCGAAUGGUUCGCCAAACGGUUCGCGAACGGUUCGCCAUGAACGGUUCGUCACGGACUCAUCAUUGAGUAAACUUUGACCCUGUACCUCACAGUCAGCAGACACAUUCCAGCCAAUCAGCAGCAGACCCUCCCUCCCAGACCCUCCCACCUCCUGGACAGCUCACUAAGAAUGCAGCUUCACAAUGAAUGGAUGCUGUCCAGGAGGUCGGAGGGUCUGGGAGGGAGGGUCUGCUGCUGUUUGGCUGGAAUGUGUCUGCUGACUGUGAGGUACAGGGUCAAAGUUUACUCAAUGAUGAGUCCGUGGUGAACCGUUCGGCAAACCGUUCGGGACAUCACUAAUGACAGGCAAUCACUUUAGAUAAUUUAAUAAUCUAUAUCAAUUGUUUAAAGCCUCCAUUGCUGUCACUGGGUUUAUAUCUAAUAUCAUAUAUAUCAAAAAUGUAUAUAAUAUCCCAAUAAUAUCUAUAGUUCAUAAUCCUACAUUGACCAGGCAGCAGAUAGUGAAUAUAUAGAAAUAUUUGAUCUCACAGAUAUUUAUCAUCUGUUUCAAACAGUUGGAUUCAGAUGCUAAACGAAGCAAUGAAAGAGGUGAUUGAUAAAAUUCGUCUGGGGGAGGAAGAAAUGAAAGAUCAAACACCUGAUGUCCCAGUAAUUGGCCCUGACAGGUGAGAUGUUAGUGAAGCUGAUGAAAGUUAGUGAAGGAAACAUCUCAGUGCGUCAUAGUGUCAAUGCUCAGCCAUUUCUCUCUAUGGGAUUCUAUAGAGUGAAUCUAUAUAUAUAUAUAUAUAAUUAUAAAGGAAUUAUAAUCUGCUCUAAUCUUCUUGCAAACAGCUGUAUUGAGAUGGUUGAAGAAGCAGUAUACAAGAUGAUUGGUAAACCAUCUGUGGAUGAGGAAAUGAAAGAUCAAACACCAGAUGUCUCAGUAAUUGCCCCUGACAGGUGAGAUGUUAGUGAAUCUGAGGAAAGUUAGUGAAGGAAACAUCUCAGUGCUUCAUAGUGUCAAUGCUCAGCCAUUUCUCUCUAUGGGAUUCUAUAGAGUGAAUCUAGAUAUAUAUAAUUAUAAAGGAAUUAUAAUCUGCUCUAAUCUUCUUGCAAACAGCUGUAUUGAGAUGGUUGAAGAACCAGUAUACAAGAUGAUUGGUGAACCAUCUGGGGAUGAGGAAAUGAAAGAUCAAACACCAGAUGUCUCAGUAAUUCCCCCUGACAGGUGAGAUGUUAGUGAAUCUGAGGAAAGUUAGUGAAGGAAACAUCUCAGUGCUUCAUAGUGUCAAUGCUGGGCCAUUUCUCUCUAUGGGAUUCUAAUUCCCCCUGACAGGUGAGCUAAUGAAGCAGGGUAGGGGUUGAGGGCUAUUACUGUAACAGAUUAAAGUAUAAAAAGAAAGGACCCCUAAAGUGACACUAUAGUCACCAAAACAAGUUUAGUUUAAUUUAGGAAUUUAGCUGUAUAGAUCAUGGUCACACUCUAAAUUCGUUUAUCAAAACGUUAUUGCUGUUUUCUCUCUCCCUCCUUCCUGCGUUUAAGGCUCUAUGACACUGUAUUUUUUAUGUUGCAGCAAAAAGGAAGACAAAAUCAGACACUACAUAGAUUGCUGUUGGAAUGGACUCUGUGACUUUUUAAAAAUCUGCUGGUAA